CCGCUAACUAAAUAUCCGAGCCCGCGGGGGAGAGACAAGGGGAUAGUCCAAAAGCGCAUCCAGCCAUGACUUCCAGUAAAAUAGAGAUGCCCGGGGAAGUCAAGACAGAUCCCGCCGCCCUGAUGGCUUCUCUGCAGCUCCUGCCUUCUCCCAGCGCUAACCUAGAAGUCAAGCACAGCAAGAUUUUUAUAAACAAUGAAUGGCAGACUUCUGAGAGUGGAAAAGCUUUCCCAGUCUAUAAUCCAGCCACUGGGGAGCAGAUCUGUGAAGUUCAAGAAGCUGAAAAGUCUGACGUAGAUAAAGCAGUGCAAGCUGCCCGACUGGCUUUUGCAUUAGGUUCUGUGUGGAGGAGAAUGGAUGCCUCAGAAAGGGGGCGGCUGCUGGAUAAAUUGGCUGAUCUGAUUGAAAGAGAGAGGACUGCUCUUGCGACCCUUGAAUCUCUAAACAGUGGCAAACCAUUUUUACAGUCUUAUUAUGUGGAUCUCCAAGGUGCUAUCAAAACAUUCAGAUACUAUGCUGGCUGGGCCGACAAGAUACAUGGACUGACUAUCCCAGCAGAUGGAGAUUACUUAACGUUUACGAGACAUGAACCCAUUGGCGUGUGUGGUCAGAUCAUCCCAUGGAACUUCCCCCUGCUGAUGUUUGCCUGGAAGAUUGCUCCUGCCCUGUGCUGUGGGAAUACUGUAGUAAUUAAACCUGCUGAACAGACUCCGCUCACUGCUCUCUAUAUGGGAGCCCUCAUCAAAGAGGCUGGUUUUCCACCAGGGGUUGUUAACAUUUUACCAGGAUAUGGUCCAACUGCAGGAGCAGCGAUAGCUUCUCACAUUGGCAUUGAUAAAAUUGCAUUCACUGGUUCUACUGAGGUUGGAAUGUUUAUUCAAGAAGCAGCUGGCAGAAGCAAUUUGAAGAGAGUCACUCUUGAAUUAGGAGGAAAGAGCCCCAACAUUAUUUUUGCUGAUGCGGAUUUGGACUAUGCAGUUGAACAAGCACACCAAGGUGUGUUCUUUAACCAAGGACAGUGCUGUACUGCUGGCUCGCGGACAUUCGUAGAAGAUUCCAUUUAUGAGGAGUUUGUUCGAAGAAGUGUUGAACGUGCCAAGAGAAGAAUAGUUGGAAGCCCUUUUGAUCCCACUACAGAGCAAGGACCCCAGACUAAUAAAAAGCAAUACAACAAAAUACUGGAACUUAUUCAGAGUGGAAUAACUGAAGGAGCUAAGCUGGAAUGCGGUGGAAAAGCAUUGGGAAGAAAAGGAUUUUUUAUAGAACCAACAGUCUUUUCCAAUGUAGCAGAUGAUAUGCGGAUUGCCAGAGAAGAGAUUUUUGGACCUGUUCAACAAAUAUUAAGGUUUAAAACUGUUGAGGAAGUUAUUGAAAGAGCCAACAAUUCUGAUUAUGGUCUAGUAGCAGCUGUUUUUACCAAUGAUAUCAACAAAGCCUUGACUGUUUCUUCAGCAAUGCAAGCAGGAACUGUUUGGAUAAAUUGUUACAAUGCUCUGAAUGCUCAAAGCCCAUUUGGAGGCUACAAAAUGUCUGGCAAUGGAAGAGAAAUGGGAGAGUAUGGACUAAGGGAGUACACCGAAGCAAAAACAGUGACUAUAAAGAUUCCCCAGAAGAAUUCCUAAAAAGACAAUUGCAAGAAAUGCAACAUGCAAAUAAACAGAGUCCUGAGCCUAAGCAUGCAUUAACUCUGUUCUCUUGAAUGGGCAUUGAGACAUGCAUGGGUUUUACUCCAUUGUACUUAGUCUGGACUGUCUCCUACAUUUCUCCUUUCAGCAAGCACCUAGAAAAAAAAAUUACUGCGUAUAAUUAUAUAUUUAAAUUGUUUGUGUAGUUGAAAACUAAAAUAUGGGAAUACCUAAAAAGCAAUUGUAGGUGUCCAAUAUACCCUUUGAGAACAGUAAGGUAGGAGCCAAUUUAUUGUAUUUAAAGUAGGUAUUUUGUUGUAUUAUUCGUUCUUAUGUAUAGUCUGGAAUGUGUGUAGAGUCCAGCUAUUCACAAGUCUCCACUUCGAGUUUUGCAUUGACUUUUUACAUGAGAUCUACCUGGUCCCACUCAAGAAUUGUCUACAAGUCUUUUAAUCUUUGCUGCUUCUGAUAUACUUAAGUGAAAUAUUUAAAUGCCAGAAAAUAAGUUCUUUUAAAGCAUAUACUUUUAAGUGUAAUACAGAUGGUGCUUUUAAUUGGAUAUUAAUUGCCAGCGUUCAGUAGAAACAGCAGAUGUUAAAAAUCCUGUUUUUGAUUCAGAUGCUGUAAAUUCUGCAUUGGCCUUCUUAGUAUCAUCUUUAAAAUCCCUGGAACUUCAUUUAUUGCUUAAUAAAACAGACUAGAUAAGUGAAGCAGACUUUUCUUUUUUAGAUAUUUGAAAUGUUUACUUGUAAUGGCUCAUAAAAUUGAGAAGAGUUCUGCUUAAAAGGGUCUCAAAUUUUAGGGAAUUUUAUUAGUUUAUAAGAAAAGUCAUUACAGUUUUAAGGCACUACUACAUUUUAAUAUGCUGGACUAAAAUGGAAACUUGUGCAAUGCUGGAUGUUUACCUUAUGCAUGUUUACGCUUGCUCAUAGUGUAUAGAGAUUUCAUAUUUAGAGUCGCCUUGUAUUGUGCUUCCCAUUUUAACGCUAUGUAUGUAUAUAUGAAAUUCCUCUUUCUUGUUCUUUAUAAAUAUUAUUCAUGAAAAUCCAA